CAAUAGUUUUCAGGUGGAGUUUCUGAGUUUGCUGUUUUCAUUUGCUUCAAAUAGCUUUUUAAAUUUCUUCUUAACGUUUUGAAUUAUCAUUGUGAACAAUGACUGUGACCGGUAUGUGGUGAAUGACAUUAUUUGGCUAAAGAUCAAAAACAACCGACAUUAGUGAGUGGAACCCUAAUAAUCUGUGUUCGUGUGUGUAUGGUGAAAGCUUUUUCGUCGAUAUGGUCUUUUUUGGGUUAAAAGGUAUGAUUGCUAAGUAUUAAACUUAGCAUUUUAGAGCCAUAUUUCUUGUGUAGUUCCUCUGUGCUAUUUGAGCUGAAACUUGCCGAAGUCUUCCUUUGGAUAACGUAAAAAAAAUUGAAACAAUAGGUAAAAUGACUCAAAUGACCCAAGAAGAAAUAAUAACUAACACCAAAACUGUUAUACAAGGCUUGGAAGCCUUGAAAAAUGAACAUAACUCUAUUUUAAAUGGACUCCUUACAUCACUAAAAGCUGUGCAGCAAGAAAAGCCCAAUGACAGCAAUGUUGUUGAAGAAAAAACUUCAAUAAUAAAGAAAACUCUUGAAUCAAUUGAAUUGGGAUUAGGUGAGGCUCAAGUAAUGAUGGCUCUUGCUGGUCAUUUACAAACAGUUGAAGCUGAAAAACAGAAACUUAAAGCUCAGGUUCGACGACUUUGUCAAGAAAACGCAUGGCUACGUGAUGAAUUAGCUAACACUCAGCAGAAACUUCAAGCUUCUGAGCAAAUGGUUGCUCAACUAGAAGAGGAUAAAAAGCAUUUAGAAUUCAUGAAUGCUUUGAAAAAAUAUGACAAUGAAACAGGAUCUGAAGAAAAUUUUCCUGAAAAGAAACCAGAUAGUGAAGAACCUCUAAAUUUAGGAUUUCCUGAAGAUGAUGAUGACAGUGCACAUCAUGAAGCUCUCUCACCAACUCCAUCAACACAGAUGUCUGUUUCCGCUAAUGCAGGCUAUGAAAUUCCAGCAAGAUUGCGCACAUUGCACAACUUAGUAAUUCAGUAUGCCUCUCAGGGAAGGUAUGAAGUAGCUGUUCCUCUAUGUAAGCAAGCACUAGAAGAUCUGGAGAAAACUAGCGGUCAUGAUCACCCUGACGUUGCAACUAUGCUUAAUAUUCUCGCUUUGGUCUACAGGGAUCAAAACAAAUACAAAGAAGCUGCAAACUUGUUGAACGAUGCACUGGCUAUCAGAGAAAAAACUUUGGGUGAAAAUCACCCUGCAGUUGCAGCAACUUUAAACAAUUUAGCAGUUUUGUAUGGGAAACGAGGAAAAUAUCGAGAAGCUGAACCAUUAUGUAAAAGAGCUUUAGAAAUUAGAGAAAGAGUGUUAGGUAAAGAUCAUCCUGAUGUUGCAAAGCAGUUGAACAACUUGGCUUUACUUUGCCAGAACCAAGGAAAGUAUGAAGAAGUAGAACGAUAUUACCAGCGUGCUCUUGAAAUCUAUGAAAAAACAUUAGGACCUGAUGAUCCGAAUGUUGCCAAAACUAAAAAUAACCUGGCUUCAGCAUAUUUAAAACAAGGUAAAUAUAAAGAAGCUGAAAUACUGUAUAAACAAGUUCUCACAAGAGCUCAUGAAAGAGAAUUUGGUAGUAUUGAUGGUGAAAAUAAACCUAUUUGGCAAGUUGCUGAGGAACGCGAAGAAAAUAAAAAUAAGCAAAAAGAAAAUUCCCCUUAUGGUGAAUAUGGUGGCUGGCAUAAAGCAGCGAAAGUAGAUAGCCCAACAGUAGCUACAACUUUAAAAAACUUAGGAGCCCUGUAUCGGAGGCAGGGCAAAUAUGAAGCUGCUGAUACCCUUGAAGACUGUGCUUUGAGGGCCAGAAAAGAGGCCCUAGACUCCGGCAGGCAGGGUAAGUCACCUCAUUUUUUAAGUGCUGAGCUGACUGCUAUUCCAAAGGACAAGCGACGGUCCAAAGAUUUCAGCCGAAGAGGCUCUCGAGAAUCUCUAGACAGCAUGGCGUAUGAUCAUUGUGAAAAUGAAGACACAAAUGGAAAACUCAAACGAAGUAGCAGCUUCAGCAAAUUGAGGGCAUCAAUACGACACAGUAGUGCCAAGCUCCUACUUAAACUGAAGGGGGAUCAGUCUGCGUAUGGUGACAUGGAAAGUUUUGCAGCAAGAAUGAAACGAGCCAGCUCAAUGUCAGUGCUUAAUUCAGAUGAACAGGUGAAAAGUAACUUGAUGAGCAUGCGAUCGAAAACAGCAAGCACAGACCAACUACGAAGUCGAGACACUCAUUAAAAACCACCCCGCAUAGCUAUUAUUUUUUAGAAAUUAGACUUUUAUUUGAUCUCUUGCACUUUAGUACAUCGCUAGCAAUAUUUAAUUGAAAAGUGUCAGGGUUAACUACAUAGGAAUGUACAUAAGCAGAAGAUAGUUUUGACAAGGAAAAUUGAUUGUCAGUUGUUGCAGUAAAUUAACAUUGUACAUAGAUUUUUUUUUUUCGUUUUAAACUCCUCACCAUCAGAAAUAUUGCUUUAGAUUUAAAUACUACUAAGUAAACUAUGGUAUUUCUUUGAUUUUCAAACCAUAAACAUUAAAUAUGAUUGCUUCUUUAUAUAUUUUUCAUAUAAGUUUGAAUGCAUACUUGCCAACUUUUAAGGAUUAGGCAUAAAAUAUACGCAUACUAGCCAAUUUUUAUGCAUUUUGAAAACCUGUUGCAUCUGCUUCUGUAAAACUCAUACACAUUUGUUGUUAUGUGAUUCUAACACAUAAACAUCACAACAUUUAAAUAUGCUAUUAUUUUUGCUCUUAUAAUUCAUAUUCUGUGGUAGAGAUGUUGUACGCUUGUCGUUUUCCGCCACUCGCAUAUUUGAAUUCAGUUGCUUCCAAAUGGGUUCCAGACAAUGCUCCUCUUAAACAUUUGAAUGUUACCAGUGUUUCACCUCGGAUUUAUGCAGAUGAAAGAAAAUACAAUUGAUUUAGAUAUUGUUUGAAAACAUGAAGAGUGGUAAAAUAUCAAAAAUGAGAAGUUUUGUUGAUAAAUUACAGAUAAGAAGAUUCAGGAAAAGUUGCUAGUUACUCAAAUUUAGUAGUCUUUCCAUUAUUUUUUCGCCUUCCUUAAAUUUUUGUUGAUCAUAUCAGUGUAUUUAAUUAAUAAAUAUUUUUGACUUAUUAACCCUUAGCACUCAUAUUUAUGCUUUGUGGGCGAUCUUAAUCUACUCUAACAAGCGAAUGAGCAGUGUCAAUGCAGAAGUUUUACUGGUGCCUAUCUUCAAAAGUUGCAAGUAUGUUUGAGUAAUAUCAAAGGAAAAUAAUCUCUUGAAGUAUUGUCAGACAUCAUUUGUGGCGAUGACUUACUCAUCAUGAAAUCAAGGAAAUACAUAGAAUCCUAAUUUUUGCAAUUUGAAGAAAUGUGAUACGUAUUUAAUUUUGUAUUGUAUGACUCGGUGCAUUCGAUGUUGUAGAAUGAUAUUUUCCCUUGCAUGGUUGAUGUAUUUGUAUAUUGUUAAUCUUUGUUUUAUUAUUGCCUGUGUGAUUAAUGGAGGUUUGGGCAAUAUUGUGUUUUUUAUUGUACAGAUAAAGUAAGCUAUAUUAGAAACGUUGAUUUUUUUCUCUAUCAUUAUAAUUUUACUAAAUGUUUUACUAAAUAUUUACUAAAUACCAUCAUAAAAAUUGAAAAAUCAUCGUUUUCAUUAAUUGAAAAAUCUGUUGAAAUACUACAUGAGAGAAAAGUAUUUUAAUGAGAAAUUUUAUUAGUAUUUUUAUUGAAAUUUAUUUAUGUAUAAUUAUUAUUAUUAUUAUUGUGUCUAUUUGAACCAAAUAUUUUGUAUAAAUUACUAUUUGUGUUAAGUCUUAAGGCCUUUUUUCUCUUCACUUGUUAUUAUUUUUUUACUUUAGUGUAUUUUCAAUUAAGCAAUUUAUAGUGAUUAAGAUUUUUAAAUAAGGUUUGGGCAAAAAAUGUUUGUGUGAAUUACACACGCUCCUAAUACUAUUACGUAUUAGGAAAACUCCCAAACCCUAAUUUUAUCUAAUUGUCGAUGCAAUCCUAAGUUGUUACAUAAAAAAAAAUUAUACAAUAAUAUUACUCUGUUUUUCAUUUAUUUAUUUUUUACUCAUUAAUAGUUCUUUACAUUUUAUUAUUAUUAUUUUUUAAUAAUAGUUCAUUUGCCAAAUACUGCUGCGUGUACUUCUUGAAUAAUGUUUAAUUUUUUAAUUGAUUUCAUGUUUCUAAUAGAUAUCUAUUUUACAUGAAACUUUUUGUAAUGCACUUUUGUAUUCAAUUAGAAUUAAUAGUAAUAGACUCAGUGUAGCAGAAAUUAAUAUUUUCACAAAAGUUUUCAUACACAUAAAUGUUUAUAUAAAACUUUUUUUUUCUUUUCAUUAAUAUUUCUCGAUUCCUAUUAUUUUAAAGUUUUUCCUUUUAAAUUAUUUUAUAAAAUUGUUAUUUACCUCUGUAUAUGUUGUUUAAACUAAUACAAUUGGAUUUUUUUUUUUUUUUUUAAAUGUAUAAAUUGGUUGAAAAAUCUAACUAUUUAACUGCGCAAGUUGUGGCAUUUGAAGUAUACAUAGGAGUUAAUGUUAAAUUAAUCUGCUAUAUUUUUACAAUUUUUUAAUUUAUUUUUUAACCUCAAUGUACUAUAUUUCUCUACCACAUGUGUACAAUUAAAGAAAAUUUGCAUGAGUUCCUAUAGUAAACUAUAAAUUCAAUGAGCCUAUUCCUCCUGUGGUUAUGUACUUCUGUAAAAUAAAUGUAUACAUACAUGUAGGUUUUUUUUUUUUCCCUCCAAAAGUUUUAUUUUCUCGUUCAUGUAUUAAAUGUGUGUGAUUGUAUUUGUUAUUUCAAAGGUUCAUGUUGAUUCCUAAAUUGUUUUAGCUGUAUGCAAAAUUCUGUAUUUCAAAAAUAUUAUCCUCACUAUGCAAAAAUUAAAGCAAGGACAUUUUUUCUUGUAAUGAAGAGUAUGCCUCUGCAAAAUUACAUUUGGGGCCUGAAAUGCUCUACAAAAUUUAAGAAAAAUUGAUGUACUUCAAGAAGUUUUUUUUUUAAGUAAAUGGAAGCGAGAUUUUUUUUUAAAUUUAAUUUAUUUUUUUGUGUUACAAUGUGAACAGAUUUUAGUAUUUUUCUAGCAACCCGUACAAAUUUUCUGAUCAAUUAUUUUGAGAUUUUUAAUUGUUUCUCUUAUAGCAUUAUGUUAGAAUACACAUUGUCUAGCAUUUAGAGGUAUUGUUAUCUUAAUCAAAUUAAUGUAAGGAAAAAUGGAAUUGUCUGCAAAGAAAAACAUGCAAAUAUACCUUGAAAUUAAAGAUGUCUAGCAGAAUAUCAAUUUUCUAUUUGGUAAAAUGUGAUGAAAACUCAGUUGUUUUUGACAAUGGGUUAAGUUCCAUUGCUAAAUGCGCUUGAAUAAUGUAACAAAACAGGUGCAAAUGGUUAACUGCUGUGUAACUGAAAUACUUUCAAUAUUAUGUUAGAAAUAUUAUUGCUUAUUUAUUUUAUUUUUUCGUUAAUUUAUGUUGCAAAAACAUAAAGAUGAAAAAAGUAAUUACAAUUUCGAAGCUUAUUUAAGAACAAAAUACCAGUAAAUUCAUUUUCUAAACUUUAUUGUUAGCACUCUGUUUAAGAGAAUGUUUUUUGUACAAACAGGUUCUUUUAAUAUUAAAAUAUGGCAUUGCAUUGAUUUCAGCGUUUUUGCUAUUAUAUCAUUUAUAAAUUUCAACUUCUUGUAAAUAUAAUUUUAUGAGUAUCUUUUAAUUUUAAAUACACAGUCACGUGCAAGAAUGUAUCCUUAGUAGUACCAUUAAAAUGGAAAUUUGUAAAUCUCACAAAAUUGAUUUUCUCAUUUACAAUUUCUGAAUCAAAUUUGCACCUUAGUUGUAACAUCUUCAUCAUAUAUAUUUAUAUAUAUAUUUCUAUAGUUCAAAAUUCGACCAUUUGUGUAAAAAAUGGUAUUGAAAGCAAGGUUUCUGAGAAGUUAAAUGUUGCCUUCACUCAUUCCAAUUCAAUGCGCAAUUUUUUUAAUAUGUGAUAUUCAGUUUGAACUUGGUUUUUUUCUUUGUGGAACUAUACAUACACAUUUGUUUUACGUCGCGUUUUGUCACUUUUAUCUUUGUUUUUAUUUAUAAAUUACUCCUAAUAAAUCUUAUUCAUGUUGAAUUGGUUGGUUAACAAAGUUUUUAUACUUCAACUAUUUAAUGUUGUGUGUAUUUUAAAAUUUUCUGUGCAAAAAAAAAAAUCAUUUCAUGCUUCCUAAUGUUUUGCUUUUUGAGUUCUGUUGGUCAGGCUUAUGUGUAUGAUAUGAAUGAAAGUCGCCUGCACAACUUAAAACAAUGCUGAAUAAUAAAAUGUGCAUGUGUUUCCUCAAAACAA